AUGCCGCCUUCGAAAUCUAUCUUCACGAUCUUGCUAGCCUUGAUCUUUCUCUUCAACAGAGCUCAAGCAUUUCUUUUUAGCGACGACAGGGAAGUCAUCGGUUAUCGAACAGUUGGCGAAGAGGAAGCCGAGCUCAUCAAUGAUGGCAACAAGCCAUACAGAGAUGAGUUCUACGAUGCAGAACGCGCAGGCAUCAAUCAAUUGGGAAAUGGCUUUUACAUGACGGCCGUACCUGCCGGAUGGGCGGGUGAUCCAACGGAAAAAAACUGGUAUUGCGUUAUCGAAGCGGAGAAAGAAAAUAUUGAAGAUGUGGGCAAAGCAUGGAUCCCGGAGUUCUAUCAGAAGAUGACCUGGAAUGGUCAGUUCGAGGAAGAGAAUUUAUGGGUCGGAGACGAAGAAGUCAUCGUGGAUUAUAUCGAGUCACUCACACCAAACCCCGAAAAGGCGCUGCGCUUCUCGUACAUCUCGUAUGUCGGUUGGGACUUGCAAAUGGUCAUCCCAACUCAGGUGUUAAACGACGAUGAGUUGGAGUUAUGGGCUCAAUGCUUUGAAUCCAAAGAAGAGCUGCUUGAAUACUCGGACAAAACCGUUGAUUGGGAGAGUUGGGGUAUUCUAGGAGAUCCUGGAUUGCCGAGCGCCGAGACUUUCGUUCCAAUGGUUACGGAGUAG